AUGUCGGCCGGAGCGGAGCUGGGCAGCCCGCUGCGCAAGUUCAAGCUCGUCUUCCUGGGGGAGCAGAGCGUUGGGAAGACAUCGCUGAUCACGAGGUUCAUGUAUGACAGCUUUGACAACACRUAUCAGGCCACAAUYGGCAUUGACUUCUUAUCAAAAACCAUGUAUCUGGAGGACCGGACGGUCCGGUUGCAGCUCUGGGACACUGCGGGCCAGGAGCGCUUCCGAAGCCUCAUCCCCAGCUACAUUCGAGACUCCACCGUGGCCGUGGUCGUCUACGAUAUCACAAAUCUCAACUCCUUCCAGCAGACAGCCAAAUGGAUCGAUGAUGUCCGGACAGAAAGGGGAAGCGACGUCAUCAUCAUGCUCGUGGGCAACAAGACGGACCUCGCGGACAAGAGGCAGAUAACGAUUGAAGAAGGGGAACAGCGAGCCAAAGAGCUGAAGGUSAUGUUCACCGAGACCAGUGCGAAAACGGGCUACAACGUGAAACAGCUCUUCCGGCGUGUGGCCUCUGCUCUGCCAGGCAUGGAGAGUUCCCAAGAGAAGGGCAAAGAAGGAAUGGUUGACAUCAAGCUGGACAAGCCCCAGGAGGCCCCGGCGAGCCAAAGCAGGUGCUCGUGCUAGCCCAGAGCCACCYAGGCUGGCAGCUGCCAACUGCCUUCCACUCCCUCUGGGACAGGRAGACGGGGUGACAUGGGGAGAACGUGGCUCUUCACUGCAGCUACAGAGUUUGUUUUUC